AUUAAAUCACACGAACUCCUUUAAGUUCAUUUGCAGUCUCAAAGUUACAAAAACUCUUAAACCAUAAUCUCUAUAUGAACACUUUCGAGCCACAAAGCCAAGACUCAUUGAAGGGAAGGCUUCAUCAAGAGAAUACAACCACACAACAAUCUCGCGACACCACGACCAUGACACCUAUUUCAAAAAACCCUAACAGCAACUCUGGCUCUGGAGCCGCAGGGAGAUCAUUCACAGGGUUUGGUCUCAACGUCGACGACGAUCUAGUUUCAUCGGUGGUUCCUCCGGUUACGGUUGUGCUCGAGGGACGUUCGAUCUGCCAACGUAUUAGCCUAGACAAGCAUGUGAGUUAUCAGAGCUUGGCUUUGGCACUGAGGCAAAUGUUUGUCGAUGGGGCUGAUUCGACUUCACAGACGGACAGUUUUGAUCUCUCCAACGCCAUUCCUGGCCAUCUUAUUGCUUAUGAAGACAUGGAGAACGAUCUCCUUCUCGCCGGAGAUCUUAGUUGGAAGGACUUUGUUCGCGUAGCGAAGAGAAUUCGAAUCUUGCCGGUGAAAGGGAACACAAGAAAGGUUAGAAGAAACGAGUGAGAGUAGAAAUAAACGUUUUGCCAACGAUGUCAGAAGAUGUUUGUCGCAGCAGCCUAUGUCGGUGAUUCCCAAUGUCAUUAUUGUAAAAUUAUCAUCGGAUGUUUUUGCUUCUUCAUCACUUAUCU